AUGAAUGGCCUGAAACCAAUGACAGGUGCCCAAAAAGUCGCCGUCCCGGACCUGCGUUUCGAACAAACGUUCCAGAGAGCGCUGCGCAGAGAAGCCAGCAAAAAUCAGAAGGCCACUUCCCAGGGCCACAGCACAACUGACGCAGACGCCACUAUAAGUGCCUCCGUGAUAUGCAAAGUUGUUUUGCGCGACGUCCUGUUAAUGCCCUUUUUACAAGGCAUUCUCUGGACUAGUGCUCUGAUAGCGUUGAAACCAUGGCUGCAUAUGGUAAGGAUACGCGGACAACUGGUGGGCCACCGCAUUUACGAGAUGGUUUUGGGCAAGGGCCUCGUGCGCAAGCGCGCAUGA